UAGUAACAUCUAGUAGUUUGCCCUAGCAUUUUGGGUUGCAGGAACUGAAAGGAGAGAAGAGAAUAGUUUGUUUAUGGCUUCUUCUCAUUCAUGGUCGACGUGCUCCUGCAAUGGGUUGGGGGUGCAAAAUCGAAGUGAUUUUUGUCAUGGAGGUGGGUCAAAGAGGUUGGGUUCAAUGGUUGUUUGCUAUUGUGGUGAGAAAGCUGUCUUGAGAACUGCAAGAACCCCUAAAAAUAGGGGGAAACAAUUCUGGGGAUGUCCUAAGUAUAAGAGGGGUUCUGAACAAUUGGUUGGCUGCAAUUACUUUAGUUGGUUCAGUGGAGAUGAAGAAAUUGUUGGUUCAGUCACGAAGAAUGAAGAAAGGGAUCUUAGUGUGCUGAAUAUGGAAGAAAUGUACGGGCAAAGGAUGAAAAUUCUUAGUUUAGAAAAAUCUGUCAUGAAUUUGGAAAAUAGGAUAAGGGUGUUAUUUUGGGGGGUUUGUUUUGUUUGUGUAUUGAAUGUAAUAUUAUUUUCGUUGUUGAUGAAAAAUCCAUAAUGCAUUGUAAAACUUUGAUUGUGUAUUGAA